AUGCGGUAUCGCUUUGUAUUCAUUCUAUUCUUAAGCAUCUCCAUCAAUGUCUACCCAUCAAAAGCUAAAGCAACAAGUGCGACAAGAUCUAAGAAUGAUCACGCACCUACUCCAUAUGGGGAAGUGGAUGGUGAAAUUGUGAAUGUGCUAUAUGAUGCUCCUAGAUUUGCGAAUGCGGAAUCUGAACCUCAACAUGAUUCUUUGAUUCCAACUUCUGAUUCGAAACCAAAACAUGAAGUGGAGCAUAGUUCAGAUGGAGUUGGACGAAUGAGGCGAAGUUGUGGAGAUGGAGGAAGUUGCGGUGGUUGUGGAUGCGGAGGAGGAUGCAGUUGUUGUCAGAAAUCAUGUUGUAGCAGUACAUGUACCACUUGCACCACAACUACAACAACAUGUUGCCAACAGUGCUGCCAGUCGUGCUGCGGAUGCAGCAGUUGUGGUUGUGGUUGUGGUUGUGGCUGUGGUUGUGGUUGCGGUGGAGGUGGUGGCGGCGAAGGAUGCGGUGGUGGUAGUGGACGUAAAAAGCGAGAAAUUAUGGAACUUUUAAGAGGACGUUUGCUACGUGAAAAACGCUCGCCGAAGAGUAGCCGCAGGCAUACUACCGAUGGUGCACCGAUUGAAAAGACGGUUAAGAAGAGUGGUCGAAGGCAUGCUAGCGAUACUGUACCAAUCAAGAAGAUAAUUAAGGUAUGA